AUGGCUGCUCCACCGGAGACAAAGGCUGAGGCAGAAGCCCUCGUACCUCAAUUUCACCUCGAACGUGUUCUCAAUCAGGGCAGUAUCGCAUCCAAACCAGCAUUGAUCACCAUUGAGCGCGCAGCAUUCCCGACCGACUCAACUCAGGUCACCGCUUUACUUGAGUCUCUCACUAACACGACCAAUCUGGGCGCAAAUGAUAUCUACAGAUGGUACAUGGCCAACCGGUCUGCAAAAACAAGUCCGUCUACCACGCAAACAGUCUCGACUUGGGAAUCCAUCCCCUCAUCAUCAUCGUCAUCCACAAUCGCGGAUCUGAAACUCAACCUGAUCUACCCCUGCACACCACAGCAUGUGCGGAAGUACUCUGCCCAGCGCGUCCGCAUGGUGACCGAGACACCUCAACUCUACCGCGACCACAUCCGGCCCUAUAUCGUCCGGCAACGCACAGCGGGGCGCCUGGACUGGAUAUUCAACAUCCUCGACGGGCGCACGGAGCAGGAAGAUGUGGUUGCACGCGUGGAUUGGGAUGACCCGUCACAGGCCGGCUUCCUCCUGCUUCCGGAUCUGAACUGGGACCGCAAGACCGUGCAGGGCAUGCACCUCCUCGCGCUGGUCCAGCGGCGCGACAUCUUCUCCAUCCGAGAUCUCAAGAAGAAGCAUGUCCCCUGGCUCAAGACGAUGCGCGACCAUAUCGUCGACGCUGCGACCAAGGUCUUCCCCGGCGAGGUCGAUCCUGACGAGGUGAAGUGUUACAUCCACUAUCAACCCACGUAUUAUCACUUCCAUGUGCAUGUCGUGCAUGUGAUGCUGGAGGCUGGGACGACGCAGAGUGUGGGGAAGGCAUUUGGACUGGGGAAUGUGAUUUCGCAGCUGGAAGGAAUGGAUGGGGACGGGGAGGCCGGGAUGGAUGCUACGGAUUUGCUGUAUUUCCUGGGGGAGGAGAGUGAGCUGUGGAAGAAAUGCUUUGGGAGGCUUAAGGCUGGGAAGGGGGUUACUCUGAUUGAGCAGUAA